AUGGCAUCGCAGAGUCAAAAUGCUGUGAACGUAAGUUCGACAGUAUCGCCGGCGAACGGAUCGUCCGGGUCGUCGACGACUGUCUCGGUCUGCAUCGCGAAGAUGCAGUCGCUGGCCACCACCACACCAUCGUCGCAGUCUUACCAGUCUCCUUCGUCGUCGCCGUCGCCGUCGCCGUCACCGAUGCAACAACAGAAUCAAAUAAGUUUACAACAGUCUAACAACAUAGAGGCAAUGGACAAGAAUUCCUCCAAUACAUUAAAACGUAAUCCAAAAAUGGAGUUAAGUAAGAAUGAUUUAUUGAAAUUGUUAAGUCAUCUUGAAGGGGAAUUGCAGGCAAGAGAUAUUGUAAUAGCAGUAUUAAAGUCAGAUAAGUUGAAACACUUAUUAACCACGCGAUACUUGAGUGGAACUUCAGACCCGCAUGCUGCGCUCGCUCGUGAUGUAGUACUGGUAGGCGGUAUAAAUGAACAUGAACCAAAUCAAGUGAACAAACAAGUAGCUACUCUGGAGUCGCUUGUGACACAGCAAAGAUGCAUGCAGUUUAAAAUGGCUAAAGUUCUUAAAGAAGCUGAACUUAGGCACAGACAGGUUAUCAAGGAAUUGGAGGAAGAGAAGCGUAAGCAUGAACACGAUACUGCCCAAGGUGACGACAUUACGUAUGGAUUGGAGAAGGAACGAACGCGGUUAAAGAAAGAAUUAGAAUUAGAGAAACAAGAAAAGAAAAGACUGGAAUUAGAAUUAAAAAAGGUGACCGACACUUUAGAAGAGGAGAGAACCCGACAAAAGCAAAUAGUGCUUUUACUACUAGCUGAACGCAAGAAAAUAAUCAUGAAGUACAUAGAGGAGAGGAAGAGAUCGGAAGAUUUGGCACAGAUAUUGAGCGAGGAGAAAGUACGUAUUGACUCCAUGGCCGAGGGUCUAGAGGAGGAAAGUAAAAAGUCGUUACAAAUGGAAGCCGAGUUGGAGAAGCAUCUCGUACAGUUCGACAUCGAGAGGCAACAAUAUAAACAAGCGUUAGCGAAGGAAGAGAAAAGAACUAAAGAUCUUGAGUUAGAAUUAGAGAAACUUCGGAGCGAAAUGGACAUGUGGAAAGAGUCUCAAGCGCGAAGUUCUCCUAGAGGCCUCGGUGCAACGCCGCCGCCUCCUCCAGCCAAACCUGCGAAUUUAGUUGCUAUGCCUACAGUUAAACCUGCUAGUGCUCCACAAACAAUUAAGGGUACAAUACUGGGCACUGGGACACCAAUGGUUAGCAGUAAAGUCGUUCAGCCCACUGCCACGGUAUCUAGUGUUCCUGUCAGCGGUCCAACUACUGGGAUUGCUAGAUCAGUAACUCCUGGACAAGCGUUACGUGGAAUUCCAUACACAUCCAAUAUCACGUCUUCUAGUGGAGAAACUGCAUCGUCUUCUGAAAGCCAGGCUGUAGACAAACGCGUGGUCGUACCUGCUACCGUAAAUCCUGGAGGCACAGUAAAACUCGCACCGUCGACGCAGGCUGCGGGAAAGCUCGGGUAUCACGUUGGCACCGGCUCGACGAUCCAAACCUCCGGCGGCGGCGGCGGUAUGCUGUCCUCGAAAAAGCCGGCAAUUUCACGGGGCGUUCCUCCCCCGGUGCCUCCGAACAAGCCGGUGGUACCACCGAAAAAAGAGGCCGCUUAUAUUAGGAGGGCCGAGUCGUCACAGGCGACGCAGGACGCCGUGAAACUCGGCAAACAAGCCGCCGUGGCUCAUCUCGCCGGUGGGACCACCGUGCCGCAAGUCCAACAGGCGAUAGGAGCCUUUACUCAAGCCUCCGACGAAGAGGUCAGUAACGCAGCUCCUCCGCCUCGCUCGUCCGAUUAACGUGGACGAGUUAAUUUCAUUUUAAACGCCAACAUCUUCAAUCCCAGUGCUCUAUCUAUUCUCCAUUUUACGGGGCGAGGCAUUCGGAAUGUGCCAAGCUGUUUUUUCCUACAGACACGAAUGAACUUCCUCUUAAAUUCAGACUGUCAUCUUAUCUUAUCAUCAGAAUUAUUAUUUCAAAUCCAUGUUUCUUUGAAACUGCGUUCAAACGUUGUCGAUCGCUUUAAAAGAUUCUCACGAAAUUUUAAUGACGAAAUUCUUGGAAUUAAUGAUUUAUUUUUAUAUAUGUAAAGUUAUCUGUUUUAUAUUUUUAUAUUUUUCGUUUAAGAAUGCAGUGCGUACCAAUAUUUACAAUAGCAAUGAAUGACUUGUUACAUUUUAAAUAUCUCACCCUGGGUAGAUCCUCUGCUUAUCUCAUUAACGUUAGAAGUCUCACUGGGUUCUCAAGAAAGCUAUCAUUUUAGUUCAAGGAACCGUUCAGAAAUACUAUAAGUAAUUGCACUCUUGUCGACAAUUAUCUUUAAAGCAAUAUCGUAAUAUUCUGUUUCAUUAAUCUAUAAACCUUUAUGAAGCUUCAGUUGCAGAGUCAAAGCCUUUGUAAAUUAGUUAGGUAUUAUAUUUGAUAAACAACUGCGUUUGUUACGGUAGGGGAGCGAUUAUUUAUAAUACUGACGCAAGCGUUCAUCAAUUAUUUUUAACUUAACGCACAAUUUUCAAAUUUUCUGAAGCCGUUAGCAAUAUUCAAUAUUUUUUAUUCGCGCCCGCUGUGCUCUAGCAACUUUCUUGAGUACCCUUCUCGCUUGCCACCUUUUACGACGCUGCAAUUGAGAACUAUUCGUGAAUGUGA